AUGGAAACCAGCACAUUUUGGGAUGGAGGUCAGAGGAGCAUCAUGAAAGUGGAAGGGGGAGAAAAGGGAGGAGGGGAUGAGAGGGUAGAGAGUGUAGUAGCGGGGAAUGGAGCGGGGAAUGCAGGGGGGAAGAGUGAGGGAGGCAAGAGGAAGAGCUUUGGGACGGAAGGCUGCAAGGAGGAGGAGGAGGAGGAGGUAGUGGCAGUGAUUGCUCGAGUGCUGAGGGAGAAAUUCGGGCCUCAGAUUGUGAGAGAGGAGUUGGAGGAGUGGGGGAAUGGGAUAAGAAGCAGCAAGUACGAGAGGGUAGGGAAAGUGAAAGAGGAGGAGGAGGAGGAGGAGGAGGAUGAGGAGGAGGAGGAGGAGGAGGAGGAGGAGGAGGAGGAGGAGGAGGGGGACGAUGAGGAGGAGGAGGAGGAGGAAGAGGAGGAGGAGGAGGAAGCAGAAGAAGAAGCGAAUGAGGAGGACGUAUCACCCACCACAUCUCCUCCCACACCCCCUCCUCCACUCAAAAGCCGGCGGCUAAAGGCGUUCGUCGUAGCAGAUUGGGCUCGGUGCUCCAACGUGGAGAUAACUUACUCCGCCGUGAGGCACGUUCAAUGA